UUAGUCGUAUUGAAUUUAUUUUGAAUCUUAAUUAUUAGCCGGACAUUGAUGUGGUCUACUGCAGGAUUCACUUGUGUGACAUUCGCUACUGGUGCUUUAGCCUGGUGGGCACCUAUUUACAUGACAUAUGCAUCAAGCAUUGAAGGUGAAAAUAAAACUGAAGAAAUGGUCAGCUUAAUUUUUGGUGUCAUAACUUGUAUUGCUGGAAUAGUAGGCGUUACAUUGGGUUCUUUAUCUGCGCAGUGGUAUAGACGACGUAAUCCUCGUGCUGAUCCACUAGUUUGUGCUUUUGGACUAUUAAGUAGUGUUCCUCUUGUAUUUCUCGGAAUUGUUAUGGCUCACAAAUAUAUGAUGCUUUCUUGGAUUUUAAUUUUCUCUGGUGAAACAUUAUUAUGUAUGAAUUGGCCAAUUGUAGCUGACAUGCUGUUGAUACAAGACUUACUUUUUAUUAAUUAG